AUGCUCUACAGACUCUUAGAAUUGAAAGAAUUUUGUAAGUUGCACGAUGGAACAAAUCCAGAUAUCAAACUAAAGGACUGUGAAUGGGAGUCAAUACAGAGUGUUGUUAAUGCUCUUAAUCCUGCAAAGAUGGCUACACUUGCAUUACAAAAGCAAGACCUCAAUCUUGGUGAUUUUUACGGCAUAUGGUUCAAAGCUAUACAUGGGUUAACUGCAGAUGGUUCCAUACUAGCUAAGACCAUAAAAAUAGCUAUGGAGAAAGAACUUAAAGAAAAAUAUUUGGAAAAUACCACAUUCUUAGCGGCAAUAUUUGUUGAUCCCAGAUAUCAGUGCUUACUAACUUCUGAACAACAAAUUAUAGCAAUUGAUCGUCUUGUUGAGACUUGGGAGACUUUACAAUUAUUAAAAGAUAAGAAUCCUGAAUUUAAUAAUUCCAAUUCAUCUGCUGAAGUUCAUAACGAGGUUGAUACAAAUGACCAACAUUCUGAAGAUUUUUUUGAAAAUUUUCUAUCUUCCCAAUCAUCUAACCUAUCUCAAUCUUCAACUUCAUCAAAUCCUAUACAAACUAUUACAGCCAUUUUAAAUAGUUUUAAAAAUGUCCAUCGCAUUCCUUAUACUGAUAGUGUAUUGAAAUAUUGGGAAAACGAAAAAGGAAUUCAUCCUGAACUGUAUGAGUUAGCUUGUGUUCUUUUAGCAAUUCCAGCAACUCAGGUCAGCGUAGAAAGAAGUUUUUCGGGACUAAAAUUUAUCGUAUCAGAUUUGCGUACAUCUCUAGAUGAAGAACUUUUAGAGGCUAUAAUGAUUAUUAGAUUGAUAAACAUUAAACAAUGUUAG